UGAGUGUCAGCUGGCUGAGCAGAGCAUGGUGGCAGAGCAGAGCAGCAGGACAGGGUGUUGCUGCUGGACUUUGGCCAGGAGAGUCAGAGGAGCCAAACACUUCGGACCACACGUCCGACUCUUCAAGGUGUAGAUAUGUUUGAUAACUCUCACUACCCCUUCAACUGUUUUAACUACGAUGGAGACGGAUACCCUUCCUCUAGCACAGAUGAAGAGAAGAAAAUGUGUAGACCCGCAUACAGCUACAUAGCUCUGAUAGCCAUGGCCAUCCAGCAGAGCCCCGAGCAGCGGGUCACUCUGUCGGGCAUCUACGAGUUCAUCAUGAAGAGAUUUCCUUACUACCGCUCCAACCAGAGAGCCUGGCAGAACUCCAUCAGACACAACCUGUCUCUCAACAGCUGCUUCAUCAAGGUUCCUCGGACAGAGGGCAAUGAGAAGGGAAAGGGAAACUACUGGACCUUUGCCACCGGCUGUGAAUCUAUGCUCGACCUGUUUGAAAACGGCAACUUCAGGCGUCGCAGACGCAGGAGGAACAUGAAAAUUGGCUUCCGUGAUUCAGGAGAAACCCCUUUCCACCCUUUGGAGAGUCACAGCAAUCAACACAUACCAGCAGCUCUGCGCCCUGAACCCGACUCCACCCUCUGCCCUUUGAACCCUGAGAGGCCGAGGCCGGGCACCCAGCAAAACCACCUCAUCCCAAACCCCACCCAGCAGGGGAAACCAGAGUCCGAGAUCAAGUUUAGCAUUGACUACAUCCUAUCCACUCCGGAUCCGCCCCUGCCUGGGUUCAGAUCCUCCCAUGGCCCCGUUCACAUAGGGCCCACGGGGCCGCCCAUACAUGUUCUGGAGCCCCAACAUCUGAACCUGCACUUCUGGACUCUGUAAGAGGAGAGGAAAGCAGAGACUGAACUUAUUCCUUCAUUAUUGUCUGUCUCCAAAACUGGGAAAUACUGUAAGGACAUCCAAAGACAGAAGAGAAAGUCCACAAGAGGAAUUUUACUGACUUGAACAAAGUAAAGAGGUACAGUAUUGUGUGAUGGAUUCUAGAUGGAAAACUUAGAGAGAGCAUUGUGUCUAAGAAUUCAUUCAAAAGAUAAAAUGUGAACAAUACAGAACAAUACAGUAAAGCAUUCAUAUUGUCAGUAUACCGUAUGUGCAGUGUCCAGUGCUGACAUAGACUAGGUUUACAGUAUUCUCUACAUGUAUAUACGCAGGAGCUGUGAGCUCAAGUAUGAUGUGUUUAAAAAUACUUUAAAAUGUGAUUGGGUAAAACAAACUAGAUUUCUUGGAUUUAUUGGAUUAUCUUGACAUCACCAGUUGAGAUGGUUUUCUUCAUAAAAGAAGAAUUUAUUUAGAAUCUUACGGUUUUCCCUUGUCGCCUGAGUUUCUUGCAGCCUGUUAAACCUAAAUAUGAUUUAUGUCAUUUCUCAGGAUUUAUUUCUGAUUAAUGGCAGAUUUGGUCAUAUUAUUUCUCCUACCAUAUUUUAAUGUCAUAGUGGAUGUCAGGACAAACAUCACGGUUCAGCGCUACAGGCGUUCCUCCUCCAGCAGAUGAAUACAAUUGCUAAAGACAACUUUGUAGUGUAGCUCAAACAUCCAAGUAAAAGUAACAAGAAGGAAAACACAUCUCUGAGUGGAGGGGGACUUUAAAAUUUUACAUUUUCUGAAAAUUGGAAACAAUAUCAACAGGAAAAAAAGUUAAAUAUCUGCCUUGUUUUAGCUUGACCUCCUGUUUGUCAGUUGAAAAGUUUUCAAAAUGCUAAUUGUAAGAGAAUUUUCUCAAACCACACACAGUAGGAGCAUGCAACAAUCAUCAAAAUGUGUUUUCACGUGACGCCUGCUUGCCUCCACUCCUUUCUUUUUCUGCAGCAAUGUCUAAAAUAUUUGGCAACAGGCCUUUUCCUUUGUGCAUUGCAUUGUGGGAGAACAGUGUCCAUCAACAGCAUAAACAAAAAUCAACGGUAUUUAGGCUAGUAUGCAUACUGAGUAUAUUUCAUUCGGCCACGCUUCCACUGUGGACACAUUAAAUUCAAAAACUGCUUGGAAUUAUUAUGUAGUGUGGAUUUGGGACCAGCUGACACUGUCAAGACUUUCUGGGACACUUGAACACAACAGUAACACCUGUGCUUUUAUUACUAUGACAAGUCUGCUGUAAAAAAACAAAACAAAAAAGGCCUAUUCUGACUGAGCUCAGUUGUUUCAGACCCACAUUCUGCUAAUUUUUUCAUUGACCUUUUGAAAUGCUGAUUGACUGACACUUAAAUUCUAAUCCAGCCACUCCUUAUUAUAAUAAAUCGUAUUCACACACUUAAAAGAGGCCUAAAGAAACAGAGGUCUGGCUAACAUUUCUUGCCUGUACAAGGGAGAUCAAUCAUGGCGUGUUCCUCUACCGUUGAAGGGACAUUUUUCAAUUUAACCUUUAUAUUAUGUCUUGACUACAUCAGAGGAGGUUUCAACACACUUAACAUGAGUGGCAUUUAAUAUAGCAUAACACUUGCAAGGUGAGGCCGAGAUGUGACCCUAUUUAAAUAUAAAGGCCCCUGCCUAAGCCUUAACAGCAACACCUCCCCCAUCACACACACACACACACCAUGACGUAAAUUAUAAUUAAACACACCUUAUGCCUCCUUUGCAAAUGCCCCUCAUCGAUCUGUGGGUUCUUAACGUUCAUAUGUGAAUUGCCCCCCAGCAAAUGUCUGCGGCGGCACAAACGUUUAUGGAUCAGCAAGUUUCCAUUAACAAAGUUGUUGAUGUUGAAUAGCGGGCCUGCUGCUGCUGUGAUGCCGCAGAUAUAUUUGGGUAAAUUAACUUAGCAUAAAGUGUUUCGAGGCUAUGGGGGUCUUCUGAGGCAGCUAAAGAGAAAGCAAGGCACCAGUCAGGCCCGAAAAGUCAAUGCACAUAUUAUGUUGUCAGUGAAUGUAUCAAACUGUAGCUACUGGCGCAGUGUCCCACUGAACGGCCUCUAUUAAAUAACUACUAAAUUCA